AGUAUAGAGAGAUUGCUUGAAGAUGUAUAUGUACAAGGCUACCGCUGGGAUAUGGUGCACCCUUAGUUUUUUCAUAGUGGUCGGCAGUAUCAUCGCCUUCUUUACUCCAUUCUGGCUUGUUGCUCCUAAUAGUGCCAAAAAUGUUACUGCAACGGACAAGAAUUUCGAAGGAACAGGGGAGUUGAAGAUAGAUGCGUCAGCAGCCUGUGGAAUGAUGAGCUACUGUGUCCCUUAUACUUAUCACCCCCUCAACGACUCCUUCGUCUUCUCCGACGAUGCCCACAUGCAGAGGUGUCCUCUUUACACCAACUUUGAUGACAUCCCAACCAUAUUCGGGAAGGUGUCGGCGGUGAUGUUUGCUGCAGGAUGUGUGAUACUCCUUAUCUCUUGGGUGUUCAGCGCUAUCUCUCUUUGUUACGGUUAUCUGUGUGACGUCAGCACCUAUCUGCUCAUCUCCGUUGUCCAGCUCUUCUGUUUGAUUAUAAAUGGAGUUGCCAUUCUUCUCUGGAUACUUAGCUGGGAUCAGACCGACUUCAAGUGUGUGGGAGAAGGAUACUGUGGAACCCUGUCCCAGUUCGACACCGGUGACUGUGACAUGGGAUGGGCUUUCCUCCUCGGCCUCGCCUCAACUGGUUCUAUCCUCAUAGCUGUUUUGAUCGGAUGUUUGUCCUUCUUCCUACAGAAACAGAAAGACGAGAGUUAGAUUGUCUACCAAUCAAGGGAUUUAUGUUUGAGAUGAUGUGAUUCGAGUGAGACCUUAUAAAAUAAAGAUCACCAGGAAAUGAAAGGCUACAAUUCAACCUCGUCAAGUCGGAACAGUAUUUCAGUUCUAUCCGGAUCUUGUAAGCCGAGUUGAGAGAGCCAAAACAGGUAUAGCAUGGUGGUGCAUGAAGAAUAUGACGAUCUUUGAAGUUGCUCACAACGUCAGAACAAAUUUACGAGGCGGCUAUUUUCAUUAUUCUUACUUCUAUGGUUAGGUUCAUCCGUAGGAAAUGACAAUACUAGGGUCUAGGAUUUUAGAAAAACUUUUUGUCGAUAAUACCAAAAAAUGAAAUUGUGUUUAUAUUGUCAACAAAAUGGUUAUUUCGAUGCAAUUAAAAUGUUUAACAAUUAUUUUAAAUAUUACUAUAUUCUAGACCCCAAAAAAGGUACGAAAUGCAUAAUAUUCUCUAAAAAUCUAAGAGAGAUUACAUUAUUAUUGGACAUUAUCGGACUUGAAUAGUUGUAUUACAUUUUUUUCUUUAUCUAAAUUUUAGCAAAUUUUGAUUGGAUUCAUAUUUUGACUUCUCUAUUCAUUCAUUUGAUUGAAUUACAUUAAACGAGUAAUUGUUAAAUUGAAAUUUACUCAUAGCUUAAUUUUGAGUAAACAUACCUUGUUUGCAUAUGGAAAUUUCCGCAAGGUUUGUGAGUUUGAUAAUGAUUUAUAAUUUGUUAUAAUUAGAGAGUAUGAAUUUUUAUAAAAACUCUU